AUGGUUAUGGCUAAAACACAUGCCUCAAGUAUUCGAGGAGCGGGUACCGAAAUAAGCCUCAGUCAGCUUCGUGAGGACUACUUGAGACGUCGAAACCUCUCAGCCAUGACGAUCAUCCCUGGUGUGAUUCAAAUAGUGUUCUAUGUCACAUUGGCAAUGGCACAAAAUCCACCCAAUUGUCCAUCUACGGUAAACUGGUUUCAUCAAGCUACAUUCAAUUGCAACUGGGAUUCCAAUUAUUUGUGGGGGCCGCCCUACGUGCCGUGGAAUCAAUAUUUACAAAGAAGAGACGAUUACACGUACACGCCGGGUAUCGGCGGUUACAAAGUUCACACGCGAGCUGUUCCGUGGAACGAGGGUCGUUUGAUUUGCAACCAGGAAGGCGGAUACUUGGCCAUUCUCAACUCUAAAGCCGAGGCGAAUGUAGUCGGCGAGUUGUUCAGAAAUGCACCGCCAAUCACUGGAUCAACUAGUGAGCAGUUUGCCGCCAUUGGAUUUCACGACCGUUUUCGGCAAGGCCAAUUUGUGACCAUUCACAGUCAGACAUUAGAGAAAGCUGGUUUCAGCGAGUGGGCAGAUGGACAACCAGACAAUUGGCAUAAUAACGAACAUUGCGGAUCCUUGUACAAAAGAACUGGCAAACUCAACGAUGUCAAUUGCGAUAUCCCGUUGGGUUUUAUAUGCGAGAUACCAGUCUUAUAA